AUGACGGAUGUGGAGGGCCACUGGUCUUAUUUCUGUAACUUCGUGGAGCUGUCAGAGGGCCUCACAUUUGCAGAAGAUGGCGAUCAGCGUGAUGCUCGACGUCCUCCAGAACUGAUCCUGAAGGACGGCUGGCACUUUGUUUUCGGUGGCGACACCUGUGACAAAGGUCCCGGGUCUUUGAGGUGUCUGGAGACGCUGGUUUCGGCCAAGAAGCGCUAUCCCGACAGAGUUCACUUGCUUCUCGGAAAUCGGGACAUAAACAAGAUGCGAUACACCUCUGAAUUUACGGAUGAAGAGGUGCGAAAAAUCUCAUCUGAUACACCUGGUGCAUACUGGGUUCCGGAAGACAAGCGGGUGAGUCCAUGGAGUUACUUCACUAGCCUAGCUGCUCAUGCAGAAGGCAAGGACAUGGACCACCUGACACAUGAAGAAAUACGGCACUUCUGCACCAAGUCCAACUUGAUGAGAUAUCAUCUCAAGUACGACAUGGGCUCUGACGGCGAGUUUGAAUUUCGGCGUCAGGAGCUCGCGCACAUGUCAGAGAGGAACUUGGCCGAAGUGUCUGAUGAAGAAGUCGUCAAGAGCUACGAGGAUAGUGUCGCAGAGGACGGAGUCAUGCGCGACUAUCUCCGACUCGCAGAAAUUGCUUGCAUCCUUGGAUCCACCCUCUUCGUUCAUGGCCAGAUCAUUGGCAACCAGUUCUACGACUGCGGGCAUGAUGGUGUCGCAUGGGCUGUGGGUUGUGUGCCCUCAGAUGAUGCUGCGACCUUCGAGUGGGUGUCUGAUCUGAGGGACUGGGUAAAACAGGUGAAUACCUGGUCCCGACGAAGUGUGGGCGCGUGGCAGGUCCAGCCAACCUGGCAAAGGUCUCCCUCCGCUCCAACUUUCGAGGAGUGGUCUCACAGAGGAGGUGCUGGGCUCAUUGCCUAUGGCACCCCUGCCACACGUGUACCUUCAGUGGUGUACUGCCGCUGGUUGGAGGGCAAUUGCAUGCCCAAGUCUCCCUGGCCGGACCUUGUGAAGCAUCUUCAAGACCAUGGCAUCUGUCGCGUCGUAGUUGGCCACACGCCGCAUGGCAACUGUCCAACUGUUAUACCUCAUGAAGGAUUGUCCGUCAUUAUGGGUGACACGAGCUACAGUUGCAUGAAAUCUGAUCUUGCAUAUGCCGGAGACAAUCGUGGCGAUGCAGUCUGCGAGAUCGCCUUGGAAGGUGAUAAGUGCUUCGUGCGGGGGCGCACUGGCUAUGUGGACGGACUUAGCUGCCAUCGGCAGGUUGUACACUACGCAGCACCUGGCGGCUGCGAUGGUGGUGGAGAUCCUCACAUAGGGAUUGUGCAGCCGCGAAGCGAGGAGGUACCCGAAGACAAGCGCUUCUUUGUCAAGGCGUGCUUGGCAGCUUUGGAAGGAUAUGAUGCCAGAUAUCUCCUGUGCAAAGUGGAUGGUUUCACCAACACCUAUCAGGAGGAGUCUCCGGAUGAGGUCAUCCGAAUAUUUGGGAGUCACUCCAUCCUGCCGUCCAACAAAACAACUAGGGAAGAUAUUACUUCCUUCGGUGAAGAAUUUGGGGCCGGAUUUUCUGGUGCUGAAGGCGAUGUGGUCGAGCGUAUCUUUCGCAGGCUUGAUCGAAAUCAUGAUGGAGCAGUGACGGCACAUGAGCUUCGCACAGCCUGCAUCGACAGCACCGUUCGAGUCGCACUCCAAUGGACUUUCCCAGACACCUGCUUGGAGGCACCCUUCUUCGAUUUUCUUGUGGGCAUGGCAUUGGGGCGAGCCUUCAACGUAAACCUGGAGGAAGUCUUCACUGAGCUGGAUGCCAACAGAGAUGGAAUGGCACUCGCCCUGGCGACACCUGAAACUGAGUCGCGUCGGUUCGACACGAAGUAG